GCUUGGAGCCUAUGUUCUCGCCGUCACUGUGCCUACAUGCUCCGGAAUAGCCUCUGGCUGGGACCGCACCUCAUUCUCCUCCCUGUAGCGUCUGGUGCUGUCAGACGGAUGCCUGUGUGCUGGAGUUAUUGUGCAUGUCGGCUCUCAGGCAGCAACAGAAACACAGACAGGGGAAAAUGGGGGAAGAGAGAGAGAGAGCAGGAGUGGAAGGAGGAAUAGCAGAGGGAGGGAGGAGGAGCCAAAGGAGGUGAUGGCAAAAAAAUGACCCCACCCCACCAGAAGAGGGGGAGCUGGAGAGAGAGCAAGCGGCAAAGGGAGGGGGGAGGGAGUUGAGGCUGGGAAAUGCUGGUUUCUGUUGCUCUUCCAAGAACAUAGGACCUGCUCCAUGCAGCGUGGUUUGCUGUCUUCUCACAGCAGCUGCCUGGGCAUUUUCCAGCCGUUGGAUCUCACAGACCGCGUUCCAGGGGAGACCGCUGCCUUUUUAUCAUUCUAUUCUGCUUUUUCUCUGCUUUCCUGUGCCUGAUGAUCCUCAGCUGAUAUUUUAAUCAUCGAAUCUUCCGGAUUCUUUUCUUUGAAAACUUGCUUCUUCCCAGGCUGAUUUGAUGCCGUAUGCUGCUGCUGCAGUGUACAGUGCUGCACUGGCUUGCCUCUUCUGACAGUCUUGCUGAACGGGAUUAAUUAGCAGCCUCAGGAAGACAGAUGUGCGCCCGGAGAGGGGGGACAGAGCAGACGCGGAUGGAGCCUCCCUCGUCGGUCCUGGAUGAUCACUGACUUCUUGAUCCCUCUGCGUUCUGCGAGCGUGAGGAAUGAAGGAUGUUUGACCCCUGGGAGGCUGCCUCUGAGCCGUGGUGUGCCUUUUCCCCCCUCCCGCAUCGCUCUCCGCCUUCAGUGUAAGCGGGAGCCUCAAGCACAGGGCGGUGUGUCCUCAUGAAGGAGUGGAAGUCGUCUAGAGAAGCGCCUGUGUGCCACGCAACCACACGGAAUUGUGCCCGCGGUCUGGCACCUGUUAAAUUGCUCUGCGUUGAGCCUUCCGUGCCGCGCGGCAUUACCACGCACCUCCGGACUCCCGCAGAGCGGAAAAAUCACAGGCAGCUUUAAACGGGGAUUGUUGUGAUUCUGCCUGUGUGCUCUGAGCUGAAAGAGCAUGUUCACCGGCUUCAUUUAAACUCUCUGGCUGCAGACUGAGCCGACAAGAACAUGGUGAAAGGAAGGCAAUUAUCUUACAGGCGUUUAAUUUCUGAGAAGACAGCCGGCGAUGGUGCUGCGGCUCGGAGCAGAUGAGAUGCCGUGCGGGAAUGAUGUUACCGCUUAACGAGGGCGAUACAGGAGCAUGCCUAUGGGAGCGACGGGAUGGCACCUGUGAGACUCGGACGGGGCACGGCGCAGGCAAAACUGCAGUCUCUGCAAGAAGAUGAAAGUGCUCAUAACGCCUGCCCUCGUGAGUAAUUAAAUAACGCUCAUUUCUGCAUUUUUCUCUGGGUGUCCCUGCUGGCUGCAAGCCCACAGUCUAAUGCCCCCCCCUGCAUGAGCUUGGAGGGGCAGCCUGCUGAAUCUGAUAUUGAAUUCUAGUCAAUUUUUUUUUACUUCAGCAGGUGAAGCAGCAGCUUUGGUACCUUCUCACCAGGCUUGUAUUAAAUUAGAGAAGGAGGACCACAGGUGAGAAGCUCAUCCUGCUUAUUGUUGGCAGUUUUGACAUUAAAUAAGCAGCGGAAGGAGGCUGAGAAUCAGUUAUCCUCCCUCUGAAUCUGUUUGGGACUCCGCCAGGUGGUGCCGCCUGGGGCUGGUGUCGCCGAAUCUUCCCGUCCGUCUAAGUGUGGCGGUACAGAGGAGACACGUGCUCCGCCACAGACGUGGCCCUUGUGGGAGCGUGUCUCAUUCAGGACUGUCGAGGUGGAGCACAGAUUCCUCGUUAGGUCUACAUACGGUCUACCCACCGUCAGAAGAGCACUGGGCUACAGAGUCAUGUAAAUGCAGAAGUAGUGGCUUUGAUACACAGGAAGAGUACAGCAGUCGAGGGACUGAAAUCACACCGGGACCCAGGAGGAUCGGCUUCUGAAGAAACUUUUCUUAACCCCUUCAAAGCCACAUGGGGUUCAGGCUCACUGUUUAAACGGAGUCUGUGGGAAGCCUGCUGAGGAUUAUGGGAGAAUUUAAAGCUGAAUGGUCGGAGCUGAAAUAUAAGGUGCUGAAGGGACUCGCGGAGCCAAGUGUUACAGAACGUGCUGGAAGCGGUGAGGGCGUGGCCAAGCCGAAGAAACAAAACAGGUUCAUCUGAGGAAUUAGGAUUGGGAAUAUAAAGUAGGCGCAGGACAGGGAGGACAGAACGUAUCCAUCUACACGAAGGGAAAGCUCAGACUGCUGGAGGUGGACGUCCUUAUGUACGCGCACUUUGGUGUGUUUGUGGACAUGUCGCCUUCCACUGUUGCCCAUUUCUACUCCAGGUCCAGCUUCCUGUCUUUCUCCAGCACAUUGAGACUUUUUCAUUAACGAAAAGUGAGCCACCCUUAGUGAACAUACCAUUACGCUGAGUGUGAACUCUCCUUUAUCUUUCAGAUUGCAUGAAUGUAUUGCCUUUUUAAUUAAAUUUACUCGUAAAAGAAUAAUCUUCUGUGACCCCCAGCUCAUAAGGAAAGUGCAGAUUAAUAUAAGAACUUUGGCCCAAGAAACGGGACAGAAGGAUAAAAGCUGGCAAUGUGGUUCGGCAUCAUUUUCCGAAGAUGUCUGCAGAGGAAGUGCUGAGGUUCCUUCCUGGUUGCUGGGAUUGCUGCUGGACUCUGACCACCUGCUAGGGAAGAAGGAGAGAGCUACAGACUGAGGCUGUGAGCUGUAUGGCUGUUUAGCCCUGUCACCUGAGCACUUGUGGCUACCCUGGGUCCCUCCACAUCUCUGCUGAGAGACAACAGUGCGGGACACCAUGGGGUGCAACAUGUGUGUGGUUCAGAGACCGGAGGAGCAAUGCAGAGUCACGUUCCAGGUGCACAGGAAGGAUGCAUCCUGCCUGCCACAGGAGCUGACCGCAGAGGCCCUGCGCUCUGCUCGCGUGCCGCUGGCCCCGCGAAAGGGCCCCCGCCGGAGGAAUGGGUUGGCGGUGAAUGUUGCUGUGCCGACAGUGCCAAUGGCCAGCUGUGUGGACAGCGGCACCCAGACGGACAUCACCUUCCAGCAUGUGCUGCCCCUCGGCCGCGGGGGGCACCUACAGACACUGCCCCUGCCUCCGGUCCUGGAGCCCAGCGAGCUGUGUGAACUCCCCCCACUAGAGCAUGAGUACUAUGAGGCCAACGACUACUUCGACAUCUCCCAGCAUGAGGUCGACAGACAGGACGAACUGGAGUACGAGGAGGUGGAGCUCUACAAAUCCCAUCAGGAGGACAAGCUGGGCCUGACUGUCAACCCCAACAGCAUUGCUGCUAAAGAUGGGCGGAUUCGAGAAGGAGACAGAAUACUGCAGAUCAAUGGGAUGGACGUACAGAACAAGGAGGAGGCUGUGGCCAUCCUGACCCAAGAGGACCGGACCAACAUCUCACUACUUCUGGCCCGGCCCGACACAGAGAAUGAUGGAGAGUUGGAGCUGGAGCUGCAGACAGCAGUACAGGCUCAGGUCCUGGACACCAGCAUCCACCUGGCCAGCCCUCACAGGCUGCGGAAGGGCAGCCCCUCAGCAGGGGGACGGGGUCCCGUGGCAGCAGAGCGACGGGGAUGGCCCCUCCCACGAGACUGUCCCUCUAUGCGGCACACCGCCCUGAGCAACAGCCAGGAGCUGGACAGUGGCGUGGGCCGCACGGACGAGAGCACUCGCAACGAGGAGUCCUCGGAGCACGACCUGCUGGCUGACGAGCAGACCAGCGCCUCAAACACACCGGGCAGCGCGCGCAAGUUCAGCACGCUGCCACCCCCAUACAGCCGUGACUUGCAUCUCAGUGCUGACUCACUGCCUGGGCUGGAAGGUGGAGCCUUGGCAGGGGCGCACAUGCCCAUGCCUGGCCUGACGGAUGAGGAGCGGGAGCGAUACCGCGAGCUGCUGGAGAUCCGGCGUGUCUAUGGCAGCCAUGCCAACAGCCUGCCGCAGCGGGAGCUAGCCCUGCUGGAGGAGGAGCUGCGGCACCUCGAGUUUAAGUGUCGCAACGUACUGCGUGCGCAGAAGAUGCAGCAGCUGCGGGAGCGCUGCAUGAGGGCCUGGCCAGCUGAGGACGAGGCCUGCGUCGUUGCGGGCAACGGCCCUGCACACCACGAACUGUCAGACAUCAAUGAGCUCCCGGAGCGGGAGCGCUCAGACAAGGAGAGCACCAGCGCCUACAACACAGGCGGCGACAGCUGCCGAAGCACGCCUCAGGGCGGGGACAGACCCCUUCCCGUCACCAUAGACGAGCUUGGUGCCCCUGAAACCCCCCCACCUCAAACGCCUGGCCAGCACAGAGAAGGCAGCCAGGCACAUGCCUCCAGCAGCGCUAACGGAUAUGCGAGUCCUGUCCCCAAGUUCCGAUCCCUGUCUCGGGACAGCACUGACAGAGGGAGCCUCCCCGCCAAUGGGCAUGGCCCGGGCAGAAGUCCCUACUUCAGCCGCCGCCAGCGCCUGCCCAACCGCUUUCUGGGAUGCGGACAGCUACAAGGCACCCCUGAUAGACAAGAGGCCAGAGAGCACGGGGCAGGGGAUGUGGCAGGCAGGCCUACGGGCCCCUGGAGGGACUCGGCUGACCCACCCACAGACCUGGCUCCGCCACUGCACCCCCUCCCGCUACCCAUGGUCUUACCGCCGGGGUCCCCGCGCAUGGAGUGGAAAGUGAAGGUGCGCAGCGACGGCUCGCGCUACGUGGCUAAGCGGCCCGUGAGGGAUCGGCUGCUGAAGGCGCGGGCCAUGAAGAUCCGUGAGGAGCGCAGCGGCACCACGACGGACGACGACGCCGUCAGCGAGAUGAAGAUGGGCCGCUACUGGAGCAAGGAGGAGCGCAAGCAGCAGCUGAUGCGUGCCCGCGAGUACCGGCGCCGCCGUGAAUUCAUGAUGCAGAGCCGACUAGACUGCCUGCGCGAGCGUGAGGCCGACGGCCGACCCGGCCAGCAGGGGGCGCCGCAGGACAGUGGCAUCCUGGAGUUUAGCCAGAGGAGAAGCAUGAAGAAGCGCAGCAGGAAGAUCCUAGACAACUGGAUCACCAUCCAGGAGUUGCUGGCUCAUGGCACGCGGUCCCCAGAUGGGAAGAAGGUGUACAACCCACUGCUGUCAGUCACAACUGUCUGAGGAGGACCGACAGAUGAAGGCGGGGGGACACUAGUCUGUGGCACAAGUACUAUCACCAUGAAUCCUCUACAGAAAGGCCCAGCAAACAGGCCCUGCACAUAGACAAGGAUUUGUGAGUCAGGGUGAAGGACUGAGACUGACUUUUAAUACACGACCACGCCCCCCCCCCCCCCCAUCUUGAAGUGGGAAGGGGGAGGCUUUGGGUUUGAUGGACAUGUAGACCUGAGAUACCGUGGAGAGUCACAGUGUAUAUGUGUGUAUACAUCAGGAGGCAUGAGGAUCAGCAUCACACACAGGAGGAAGGGGAAACUGCACAAGUUGGUCCAGCCAGAUCCAGGUUCUCAUCAGCUCUACUUGCGGCACUUCAUUCCUAAAUGCACAGUGCAGUCAGGCACUGGAAGCACAGUGGUAGUCAAGCACAUUUCACUGCACAGAGAGCACAGCUCUGUGUGGCUGGCUAGAGCACAGACGGGCACAACCUGGAGUAACAACCCCCAGUACUUUUAAAGCACAUUGACUGGAGCUCAUGGAAGCAGUAGAAGUUCAGAAGCCAGGUCAGACAUUUCCUUGCAGAAGCGCCUAUUCUUAACCAACUCACUCCCUCCAAUGGCUGCAUUUCCUCUCCCAAGUAUCGCCCUCAAGACUUCAAAUGGCACUGAAAUGAUAGUAGGCUGUAUUAGUGUUUCCUUUUUAAUUACUGUGAAUGAUCUGCAUGGCAUCAACGCUUAGAUUGGUAAAACACCAGAUGUGUUAUUAACACCCCUGUAGGAUUCCUGUUUGUGACAAUGUGCUUUUUAAAAUUUCAAAAUCAUUUCUUUGACUUGAACAUUUUGUUAACCUGUGAAUCGCUUUUGCUUGGUGUCUGUGUUUCUGGAUCAUGGAAAUGUUUUAAAAUUAAACUUUUAUAGACCAUUAAAA